AUGAGCGGCACGCCGGCUGCUGAAACACCCGCAAAGGAAGAGGAAAUUCAACACCGGCCGGAAUCGCCGCCGCUAGGACUUUUGGAUCCUGCUAGAAUACAAAACCCGCUAGCGGAUCAGCUACCGACCUCGCAACCCCCAUCAGUGCCACCUCAGUCUCAACCUCAACAGCAGCCUUCACAGCAACCUCCACAGCAGCAAGAACCUCAACAACAGUCUCAGACGCAGCAACAAGCACAACAACAACCGCAACAAACUCUUCCAGUAACAUCCCAGUCACAGCAACCACAACAGCCUCAGCAACAACCACCACCGCAGCAACCACAGCAACAACCACCGGAUGGCUUUGUAAUACCUGAACCCAGGCAGCAGCCCUGGCAGCGAACUCCUUCAAUGAGUCCAGCAAUGGGAUACGGAGCCCCAGCAACAGGUGGCACAAAUACAAGUGGACAGCGAAGCGGCAACGCUACUCCACAGCAUCAACAGCAACCGCAGCCUCAGAAUCCGUCGGUUUCGAUGUCGAUGCCCAAUCAAUCGCCGAUGCAACAGCAUCAAAUGCAGCCUAAUCAAGGGAUGCCGCAGCAAGGAAUACCAAAUCAGGGAAUGCCGCAGCAAGGUAUACCAAAUCAGGGAAUGCCGCCGCAAGGGAUGCCCAAUCAGGGGAUGCCUAAGCAAGGGAUUCCAAACCAAGGAAUGCCGAAUCAAGGGAUUCCUAAUCAAGGAAUGCCGAAUCAAGUGAUGCCUAAUCAAGGAAUGCCGAAUCAAGGGAUGCCUAAUCAAGGAAUGCCCAAUCAAGGAAUGCCGAACCAAGGGAUGCCCCAACAGAGUAUGCAGCAGGCAGGAAUGCAACCUGGAAUGCAACAACCGCAAAUGGGUCAACAUAUUCCAAAUCAAUUUGUGCAUGGAAGUCCGGCACAGCCGAUGACGCCAUCAAAUCCUGGCGUUCCACCGGGAUCCGCUGGUGGAACACCUGGAAUUUUAUGUUCUACGAAAAAAUUGUUUUCGUAUUUUUUGGCAAGAAAAAGAAACGGAGUUGCGAAAACCGAUCGUGUUGCGAGUAUCUUCAACAGAAUGUAUGCUGCCGCUCAGGCCGCUAGACAAGCUGCGAUGCCUCAACAACGCCCACAAAUGCAUCAAGUACAGCAGCAGCGGGUUCCAGUGCCCUAUCCGACUGGCUAUGCACAGCCGAUGACACCUGGAGGACUUACUUCAGGGUCUAUGCCGCCUGGAUAUGCGGUAGGACCACAGCAGCAAGGUGGACCUCAGCCGGCGCAAAGAACAACGCCGGUUGGUGGAAAUACGCAACAACAGCAGCAGCCGCCGCCUCCACAGCAACAACAACAACAACAAUCUCAGCCACAGCAAAUUCAACGGCCACAAUACCCACCGGGUACGGUAGCGCAGCCUGGACCUUAUCCAUAUCCUCCAGGACAUAUGACGCCAACUGGACAGCAGUACCCGCAGGGUCCUUUUACCUCACCGGUUCAUCAAAUGUAUGGAAGACCACCGCCGGCUGGACAACCGAUGAGGCAGUAUAUCUCACCGCAGGGAGCACAACCAACACCAACUACACCGCAUGGACGAUUUUCCGCCCAACAACAACAACAGCAGCAGCAAGCAGCGGCUUCUCCACACUACGGCGCUCCGCAAUCGGUCGUUCCUCCUCAACAUCCGGAUCUUCGGUCUCCGAACCUAAUGUCGCCCAAUCAACCGCCGCCACAGACUGUCAAUCAGGUGUUGCCGCGAGUGAUUGGCGAAAUGUCGGUUCAAGUAGUGCGAGGUCGACCGCCAAUGCCGAUGCAUGGUCCGCCAAUACCGGCGCCAUACCAGUAUAGAACACAUGAUCCGAGUAUAUUCCCAAUUACGCCGGAUUUGUUCUUGAUUGGAUGUGUUUUCCAUAUUUUUGAAGUUGAAAAAUUGAUAAUGGACAAAUUGGAUCUGCAUAAUAUCAUUUUUGCAAUAAAAUAUCAUGGAGGAGAAGUUGAUUUUAGUCCGAAAACGUAUAAUGAGAAGCAUCCAAUAGUUACUCACGUCAUUAUUGAAUCUUAUCGAAUGCCUUAUGCGAGACCUUUUCUUGAACACCGUAAACGAUUGGUGACUCUUCAAUGGCUCAUGGAUGUGCUAAUGAAGCAGAAAAUCGAGGUCCCCUGGAAAUUGUGUCAUUUACCAGGACCAUUUACUGAUGGCUUCCGGCCGUAUGCCGGUAAACUCUUUGCAUUGGCUGGAUUCGAUGAAAGUGAGAGACCGGCAUUGCAUUUUAUGGCUGAAGCGAUGGGAGCCAAGAUUUCGCCGUUCUUUUCGAGACACAACGAUUUGCUAAUUGCGAAAAAUGGAGCUAACAUGAAAGUAGAGAAGGCUCGAGAAUGGGGUGUGCAAGUUGUCACUUACCAAUGGCUUGCUGAUGCUUAUGUGUGCGGAAGUGCGAAUCCUAGCGAACGACCGCCACCCGAUAGUCAGAGAUAUCAAUUUGGACAACCUUGUUCGGAGAUCAAUCAGCCGCCAAAUAUGCUUGAAAUGAUCUCACCGGAUAUUAAGAACCUUUUAAAUGCCUGGAAACAUGCGGUAAUAACAGCAGAUGAGCACAUGAUGCGAGCAACCGACAAUCGCGUGCGAUUGACGAACGAUGAAAUGCAAUUCCCGAAUAAUCGAUUCAUUUCACAAGCUCCGCCGCCGACUGAUGAGGAGCUCGCUGCUGCGCAGAUUCGCAAUGAGCAGUAUCGCAAAAAGUAUGAGGAAUAUAUGGAGAGUUUCACGAAAAACGACACGAAGCCGCAAUUUCCCGAAAUGAAGGCGCCGCUUAAAGUGGUUGUUUGCUUUGGAUCGGGAUUCACGCAGGAGAACUUGGAUGUUUUUACAAAGAAAGUGUUGUAUCUCGGCGGGAAAGUGUGCACAGAAGUUCGCGAUUGCACCCACUUGGUACUCAUCAAUGGGCGACGAAGUUUGAAACUUCUUGAGGGAAUCUCGUUGGGAAAGAAUAUCAUCUCUCCGGAAUGGAUAAUUGAUGGCUAUAAGAAUGGAGCAUUUAUGGAUACUCUUGAUUACUUCCUUCGUGAUGAGGAGAACGAGCGACAUUUGGGGUACUCUUGCAAGCGAAGCAUUCUUCGCGCGAGGAAUCGACCCCUGUUUGAGGAUAUUGAAUUCUAUGUGACUCAAUCGGUUCAGCCGGAUCGGCAAACGAUUUGUCGCUUGAUAGUACUUGGUGGUGGAAAGAUUCUGGAAAAGAAGCCACCAGCACAAUAUAUUGCAAGAUGUAUCGAGACCGAUCAGCCGCUUCUUGUGAUUUCGUGUGAUGUUGAUAUUCGGACGUUGUCUUACCUCACUGAUUGCAAUUAUCCCGUUUAUAAUGGCGACCUCGUUCUACUCUCUGUUCUACGUCAAAGUCUCGACCUACAUCCGGCAUUCCGUGUUGCUGUUCAACCGCGUUUCUCACAUCCGCAGAUCCCUCCGCGCGCACUCGCGAGCAAUCGCGCCCCGCUUUCCCAAAAUUGCUAG